AUGGCGGCCCUCGCGCUGGAGGAGCUGGCGGCGAAGAUCGACCAGACCCUGGCCGCGGCGGCGGCGGCCCAGGCGCAGGGCAGGGCCUCUGGCGAUGCGGGCCCCAAGGGCGGGCCCGCCAGGGCGCGCAGGGUGCCGGUCAGGAUGAAGGACGGCACGCAGCAGGACGUCGAGCUCACCGCGGACCUCUGCCUGGGCAUCGGUGACGACCCCGACAAGCUCGCCAAGCAGCUUCGGAGUCAGGGGCUCGAGGUGCAGGCCGUGGAGGUCCCGAGGAGGCUGCAGCCGAAGGAGGUAGUCCAGUGGUCCGAGUCGUUGAAUCAGUCUUUCACGAAGGCUUGGAUUCAGAAAGCCGAUGCGGCCUACUUCAUUGAGAACGCCUGCCGUUGCGGGGAGGGCCUCAUUAGGCACGACCAGCCGGACUUUGCGUACUGCGAGCUGUAUUGCCGCUACGCGGACCGCAUGCUCAUGCUGAGGUCGGGCGAGGCACCCUCUGAGGUGGACGACACGCGCAGAGCCGGAGUGGCUGUUCGCUUUUACCUCGGCAGGUGCAUGGCUCUGUACCAGCGGACAAUCCAGCGGGACACAAUGGCCACGCGCAGGGACACAGUUGACAGCUUGAGGGACGUCUUGCUGGACCUCCUGGAGGCCAUGAAGUAUCUGAACAGCUUCCCCAGCCGCGUAAGGGAGGACCUGUACUGGGCUGUCUACAAUGCCUGCUUGCUGGCCCUCCGUCUCGCCCGCUGGCUCAGGCUCCAGGGGUUCGGUGGCCUUUGUGUCCAACCUUUGCUUUGGCUCGCGGAGUGCAUGAACACCUGCGCCCCGUUCACGUCUGCGCAUGUCCAGCCCUUCCGCAUCCGCUUCCUCGAGGAGCUGAUCUACUGUCUCGAGUCCGCGCAGAAGCUCGACGAAGCGGCGGCACUGUGCGAUCAGGCCAUCGAGCAGCUGCAAUCAGCCAUGAAGGCAGAGGAGAACAAGCUCGAGCCGCCUCCCCCGCCGGAGGCAGAACCGGAGGUCAAGCCGCCGGACCCCAAAGACGCGAAGAAGGCCGCCGCAGCAAAGAAGGAGGCGGGCAAGAAGGCGCAGGAGGCCCCGCCAGUAGAGGAGAAGCCCAGCCCGCUGCCGAAAGAAGCACUCGAGGUCUUUGAGACGGGCAAGCGGCGCUUCAAGAUGCUGAAGAUCAAGUACGAUCUCUGGCUCGGCAAGGUCGCCGAGGCCGGUCAGGCUGCGGCACUGGCCGAGGACCUCGGCGGGUCCACCUCGCGGGCCGUGCCGUGCCUGCUGGAGGCCCUCGGCAUCCAGCACGGUCUCCCGGAGCGCUUCGGCGUGCAGGAUGGCAGCCCCAAGGAGGCGGUCCUGGAGGCCGAGGAGGCGGAGGGCGUAACCAGACUCGGCUUCUCACAGAUCUGGGAGAGGCAGGCCGACAUCAUCGGUGCGAUCGUCGCCGCCGUGAAGCCGCACAUGGAGUCCUUGGAGGCCGCCGCGAAGGCGCUGGAGGACCACACAAAGGCGCGGCUCGCCUACGAGGAGGAGGCCGAGCGGCGCGCCUCCGACGAGUUCGAUGGCGACGCGCCCGAGCCCACCCCGCCGUCUGCGCCCGACGAGGAGAAGCUGCAGAGUCUGGGCUUCAGCGCCGAGGCACGCCGGCACGCCAUCGAGGACGCGCUUCCACUUGCGGCGCACGUGGCUCUGGCGAAGGAGUGCCUGCGGCACGAGCUGCUCGAUACGUGCAGCGAGAAGGUGCGGGGCUCCUUUCAGCUGGUGGAGAGGUCCCUGGCGCUGCGCCUGCGGUAUCGACACUUUCUUUGGCCACCUCUUGUUGACCUGGACGUGAUCGUUGUGCCCGAGCGAGACCGCAGCAAGGUCAAAUUACCAGAGAAGUACGACUUUCUGUCGGAGGAUCUCAAUGCCACAUCGCCGAUCAACGCGGAGAUCUAUGCCCGUCCUCCUCCAAAGACACCCUACGUGAAGGACAAUGGACCCAAGCCGAAGCACGUCUUUGUCAUCGGCAAGCGCUUCAACGCCUGGGACAGCUGGUCGCCCACCUUCCCCCACGCGGCGGCCAAGCGAAUAUGCAAUCUCCGGGUUGUGUUCGCGAACCAGCUGCCAGCGCCCAAGGGCACCCCGACGUUCGGCAUGCAGCACCCCAAGACGCUGGAUAUCGACGGCAGCCUGCUGAAGCCGUGGCUGGAGCCGUACCAGGCUGCCUGCGCCGCCGACGGCGCGGGCUUCGACCACGCCGGGGAGGCCGAGCAGACGCGGGAGCUGCUCCUGCAGCAGCUCGUGGAGCAGCACCUCCUCCGGCAGGAGGGCCUGGCGCUGCCGCUCGACCUGCACCCGCAGGCCGUCGCGCGCGGCCGGAAGGCGCCCCCGAUGCUCGUGUUCGACGUCUACGACGAGGCGCUGGAGCCGGGCCAGACCCGCCGGCUGCCCGCGCGCCUCGAGGGGGAGGCUCUCUUCGUCGGCCUCGCCCACGAGGCCUCGGCGACGGCCAGGGGCGCCUGCGUGCUCCUGGGGGAGGGCGGCGAGCUGCUCGCGAGGCUGGGGCCAGGUGCGCUGCUGGCCGUGCCGGGCGUCUCGCUGACCUACGCCGACGGGUGCGAGGUCUUCGAGGUCAGGCUCAGCAGCCUGGCCGAGUGCGUUCGCAGGGUGGUGUUUGCGGCGGCGCCGGAGGAGGGAGGAGACAUGGCCUCGCCCUGCGAGGCCUUCGUCGCGCUGGCCGGGCCCGAGGCCGCGCCGCAAGAGGCCGCGCCGCAGGAGGCCCGCCCGGCUGCUGGCGGCUGCGCGGCCCCCCGGUGCGCGCCGGAGGUGGAAGCCACCUCCGGGCCGCCGCGGCGCCUGCAGCAGCUCGCGCGGAUGCGGCUGUGGCUGGCGCCCGGCGGCCAUGCGGCACACUUCGUCCUGAGCGCGCGCAGCGUCGCGGGCUCGCCCUUCUGGGCGCUGGAGGCCUCUGGCGCCCCGCUGCGGCUCCCCAGCGUGGGCGCCGCCGCCGGCGCCAGCCCUCGGGGCGCUGCCGCCUCCGCGCAGGAGCUCCUGCCGCUGUCGCUGCCGCCCCCGCUUGGGCCGGCGGCGCCGGCGCAGGAGGAGGAGCCCGAGUCCGUGAUUACCACGCCCGUGCGCCUGUACGAGGACCUGCUCCAGCGCGUGAGGGCCUCGGAGCAGCAGAGCGCGCGCCUGUCGCGGGCCCUCGCGGAGGCGCGCGACUGGAACGGGGGCGUGGCCGACCGGGUGGAGGCCAAGGAGUACGAGCUCGAGGUCUGGCGACGCCAGGCGUCGGCCUCCGUGGGCGCGUGGGACCCGGCCGCCAUCGCGGGCCUGCUGGAGAAGAGGGGCUGGCCGCUGCCCUACGAGGGCGACAAGCACAUCGCCGACCUCCACAUGAAGGUGGCGGCGAUUGGCGGCAAGGAGAUCGUCUGCCCUCGGAAGCACGAGCUCCUGGCGUGGACCUCCGAUGCGGACGGCUACAGGUGCGACGCCUGCAGGAAGCGGCUGCCGGUCGGCUCUGUGGUCUACUGCUGCCGCCCGUGCUCCUACGACGAGUGCGCGGGCUGCUACUUCGGCAGGCUGCAGCGGCUCCACGGCCCGCCGCCGCAGGAGCAGGGGGCCCUGUCGACGUCCCUGAGGCUGCCCGCGGCGCUGGGCCUCGGGGGCGGGGCGGCCGCCAGGGCGGCCCCGCAGGACGCGGUGGACAACGACUCGGAGUCGUCGGCGAGCAAUGACUCCGCCCCGCUGCCCGAGGACGCCGAGGUCGUGGACGUCCAGCUCGACCUGCGCCGGCCGACCGGCGUGCUCUUCGACGGCGGCCUGUCGGUGAGGGCCGUGAAGGCGAGGUCCCAGGGCGAGAGGCUGAACAUCCACACGGGCUACCGCGCCGUGGCCGCCGGGGGCCAGCCCGUGAGGAGCAUCGACGCGCUGCAGGGGAAGCUCGAGGCGCUGAAGUCGCGGGGCGAGGUCGGCCUCCUGGUGCGCUUCGUCAAGCCCAGCGGGACCAGCGGCGAGCCGGGCCUCGACCACGCGAGCAGAGAGGAGUUCGUGGCGAUGCAGGCGCGCGCGUCCGAGGUGCGCUCCAUCGACCAGGGUGCGCUCCCGCCGGGCGAUUCGGGCGCGGAGCUUCCCGAGCCCGUGGAGUGCACCCUGGACCUGUCGCAGCCGCUGGGCCUGAUGAUCGGAGACGACCUGAGCGUGCAGCACGUGCAGGAGAGGGGUCCCAGGGGGAGCAGCAAGGCAUCGCGCACGGCUGGAAGGUCCUCAGCAUGCAGGGAGAGCCCGUGCCCUCCGUCCAGUUGCUGA